UUCACACAAAAAAUAGAGAGAAAAAAAUGGAACCACAUCCGAGUGCAUUCUCCUCUAUGCUUCGAAGCAGGAGCAUUCAUUAUUCCUGUCUUCCUCAACCAUUGCUCGCUCUUAGUACAAAAAUCCUCUUUUCUUCGCCGUCAACCUCUUCUUCAGCAACCACUUCAUCUGAAACAAGAACUCGUUACCCUUCCAUAAACCCUAAAUCCUCAUUCAAUAGCCUUUCUCUAUUCUCCAACCAUCACUCUCUUCAAACCAUGACGAUUUCCAAGUGUUUCUCUCACUUGGAUGAAUCUGAUUCUGUAGUAGACUCUCUUGUUGUGGUUUCGUUCUACAAGUUCGCGGAUUUCCCUGAUCAUGCUGUGUUGCGUGUUCCUUUGAAGCAGCUUUGUCAAGAAUUGCGCUAUGUAAGGGUCAGGAUUCCCUGCAUUUUAAAUAGCAUGCAGUCAAAUCAAUCAAGAGACCAAAAUUCGUCGGGUGGUAUCAUUCUUGCGCCGGAAGGAAUUAAUGGAAGCCUAUGUGGCACGCGGCAGUCGGUUGAGAAAGUUCUUGCAUUUAUUCAGAGUGAUGAGCGCCUUAAGGGACUAAGACGUAUUGAAUCGCCAGUCAGCCCCGAGGAGGAGGCCAUACAUCACGGUCAGAAUGAUGGACAUAGUUCCAGUUCUCCUCUUGCUGCUGGGGAGGAUGUGCCUUUCCGAUGGGAUCAUGUGAGAGUCAAGUUGAAGAAAGAGAUCGUCACUCUUGGGAUGCCUACUAUAUCACCUAUUGAAAGGGUUGGAAAAUAUGUUGGCCCAAAGGAAUGGAAUUCUCUUAUUAGUGAUCCUGAUACAGUGGUAAUUGAUGUGCGAAAUAACUACGAAACCAGAAUAGGAAAGUUUAAAGGAGCUGUUGAUCCCUGCACGACAUCAUUUCGUGAAUUCCCAUCUUGGGUGGAGGAACGUUUUGAGCUUAUGAGAACAGAUGCUGAGUAUCCAAAAGUUGAUGUAAACCAUUCAGACCAAAGUGGUGAAAAGGAAACAGAGAGUACGAAACAACAGUUGCCGCGUAUUGCAAUGUAUUGCACCGGGGGUAUUCGAUGUGAGAAAGCUUCAAGUCUACUUCUCAGCCAAGGUUUCAAAGAGGUUUAUCACCUGGAAGGUGGAAUUCUGAAAUAUCUUGAGGAGAUUCCAGAGAAACAAAGUCUCUGGGAGGGAGAAUGCUUUGUGUUUGACAAACGUGUCUCGGUCGAGCAUGGUUUGGCACAAGGAAAUUUCAAGCUCUGUUACGGUUGUAAGCAGCCUGUGAGUGAUGCUGACAUGGAAUCUCCAGAAUAUGAAUAUGGAGUCUCUUGUCCUUACUGUUUUGCACAGAAGUCGGAAGAAGAGAAGGAGAGGGCUCGAGCUCGACAAAAACAAUUUCAAAGAUGGGGGAUCAUAGGUGGUCCAGAUAAGGGCCGUCGGCCAAAACUGGAAUCAGAUGUUUCUAGCAGUAAUCAAAGUCAACUUUCAAAAUCUAUUUAACAUCUUUCUUAUCUGUUUUUAUACAGUGUUUUUGCUUCUCUUACAUGUGUUAAGAGUGCUUUUUGAAUGAUUUGUUGUAAUAGAAACUAUUUGCUUCAAGCCUCUUUUUGAUAUUCUACAUUUAAUUGAGAAAUUUAGUGACA